ACCAUUUACCUUGCUCCGGCGCUGUUUGAUACUGAUUAUGAACGCUUGAUCAAACAGUUUUGCUAGCUUGAAUUAAUUAACAAUCAAGCAUCUCACACUAAUUACACUAUGAACAAGAGGUCUUUCACCCCAAUAUAUUUUCCUUUGUAGCAGCACCAUUCAUCUAUCAUGUUAUUGUUUUAUUUUUCCAUUAAUGAAAAGUCUUACUUCGGUUAUAUGUUAGGCAGUCGUAUCCAGGACCAAGCAGCACACUCUAGUCAAAACAAUUAAUCCCUUUAUUAUCGAGGCAUGAUGUAGCAUGAAAAAGAUAAAAUCUAGUCAGUUUGUCGAUUUCCUGCGUGUUCUCGAUACCCCAAUCUUUAUCACUCAACCACAGAAGAUUUGGGAGCAAUAUUAGAAUAUUCCGCAAAUCUGACAUGCCCGAGAACAAUGCAGAACCUAACAUCGAAUGGUCUCAUGUUAUGGGAACAUGACUGCAGUUUGCACCACGAGCAGAAGCUUGUUGAUGGUAUACGUCCAAUAUUCCAUGGCUACGAUGCGGACAUUAUCAAAAGAAAAUCAACCGAAUUGCGGAAUCAGCUUAUUAAUAACCCAACUAUACCUCAACAACUACUCCAGUAUGAGAUUGUAAGUGAGUUUCUCCAAGCUGACCUCCAAAACGCCGGUAUCGAGGUCUACUAUGGCAUUAUCAACGCAUGGGCAAUUUCUUUUGACCUGAUGUUUUUCGACGGGUUUCUUACACAGGGCCCCGAAGCACUCUUUACCAUAUAUCUCUACUGGUCUGGCUAUCCCUAUUGCCACGCUGAAACUGGUCCCAGUCUCAACCUACCAAAGUUGCGUAUUCAUAUUUUCUUGAUAGAUAAUGAAAACGGUACCCGUUAUUCCAAGGGGCACCUGUUCAAUGCUGUAUUACACGAGAUGUGUCAUGCCUAUGAGAAAAGCAUCUUCAAUUAUUGCCAAGUCAAGAAUGAUAUCGAGGUUGAAUCCAACUAUGAUAGCGGGCAUGGACGUAUUUGGCAAACCCUUUUCUAUAAUUCAAUUGAAGUAGUGAGUACGUGGCACCCUUCACUAUCACAUCUCGGCAUAUAUCCUAAGCCUGCAACGGGCCAGCCAGCUCUACCCACAGCUUCGUUGGAAAUUAAUUUUGGUCAGCUUGCUCACCGACUAGUACGAUUUGAAUACCUGAAUGAAGCAGAAUGGGCGAGGGCAUUUCUAGCAGACAAGUUUAAAGCCGGGCCGCGGUACAAUGACUCGGAAGGGGAAUUCAUGAGUUCGCUGCUUGGCCUCCGUUAUUUCACUUCGGAAACAUUUCUGGACGAUAUAUUACCUAAUCGAUUGGCGGUAUCAAAGCUUUUCAUCUGCUGCAACGCCGCGCUCUUCUGCAUUAUCGCUUUGCUCCUAUGGUGUUUUGAUUAUUGGUGGUUUGACUGGUUUAUUUUCGUCCUUACUACUCACUACAUGUCUACUCAAAGCGCCCUCCGCACAUAUGAGGCGUGGUUGACUCUAUUCAGAACGCCUUUACUUCGAUUGAUAUGCCUAGUACUCCUGGCGAGGAUUUACAGGAGUUUUGGGUGGUUGUGA